AUGAGAGGCUUCGCAACAGUACUCCUCUUCUUUCUUUACUCCUCCUCGGUGUUAGGUGCUGCCGACCCAAAGGAAUGUGAAGUUUGCGUCAAGGUCAUGGACGAUGUUCGUGCUACCCUUAGCAAAGAGGAUUCCCGAAAGAAGCCAAAAAUUGAAGCAGCAAUUGGGGAUUAUUGUGCCAAGGAGAAUCUGGGAUCACGAGAAAAGAAGAUUUGCUACUACAUCGAUCCCAUUAAGCGUGAUGUCGCACACCCUUACUCCUUGGGCAUGAAGUCCCUGAAGGUCUGCCAGAGAAUCAACAAAGAUAACGCGGAAAUUUGCACCGUGAAAUUCCCAUUGAAGACUGAAAAGCUUGAGAAGAAAGAUUUGACAAAAUUGCGUGUGAAACAACUCAAGAAAAUUUUGGCUGACCGAGGUGUGGAAUGCAAAGGAUGCAUUGAGAAAGACGAGUUCAUAAAGCGAGUCCAAGAUACAGAGCAUCUUGCAUCAGAUGAAUUCUAA